AUGUCGCCGCGUAACCAGCCUCAGCGGAGCUCCGAAGCAGCCGGAUCCGGGGCCACGUCGCCAACGCGACCAGGCUCGAGAGAUUCGGUCGGCUCCAGGGUAGACGCCGACCUCGGCCUCGCCAGUGACAGCUCGAGUGAAGAGGGGCAUUUCAAGGACCCAGCAUCGGUCGAAGCCACCGGCCUCGUCCCCACACUCGGAUCCACGCACCUUACAGCCGACUCGCCGUCGCCGGAUGUCAAAGGAGGCUUCGUCAACAUCAAAAGCGCCGGAAGUGAGGGGUCGCCGCAUCUGCAGUAUGGAAAGCUGAACGGCAACGAGCGUCAGAUGUCUGCGCCGGGCCUCACGGACUGGCUGCUGCGUCGCAAGGAUUUCCUGGGCGAUCUCGACUCGAUCGCCACGCAGCCCUCGGUCUUUGACGAUCCUGCCAAAGCACCCUACUAUCAGCCGCAUCCUCAAUGGGAGAACCUGCACCGCUUCGAUCCUGCGGCACGCUGGACGUGGCGCGAGGAGAAGAGGCUCAUCCGCAAGACGGAUUGGUACAUUUGCUGUUGGUCGAUUGUCAUGUUCUUCUGCCUCGACCUCGACCGCGGCAACAUCAGUCAGGCCAAUUCGGACAAUCUGCUCCCCGACCUCGGUUUGACCACCAACGACUACAACCUCGGGCAGACGCUCUUCCGCCUCUGUUUCUUCCUCGCCGAGCUGCCGAGCCAAAUGAUCAGCAAGAAGCUGGGCUCCGACGUGUGGGUCCCCAUGCAGCUCUGCCUUUGGUCGAUCUUUUCGGCCUCGCAGUUUUUCAUGAACGGUCGCGCCCAGUUCCUCUUCUUUCGAUCCAUGGUCGGCGCCCUUCAAGGCGGAUUUAUUGCGGACCAGGUCCUCUACCUCUCCUACUUUUACAAAAAGACGGAGCUGCCGUUGCGACUGGCGCUCUUUUGGCUCUCGAAUAGCCUGGUCGACAUCGUCGGACCGUUCCUCGCUUUCGGCAUCCUCCGAAUGCGAGGCGUAGCGGGAAGGGAAGGCUGGAGGUGGUUGUUUUUGCUGGAGGGCCUGGCCACGCUUACGAUCGGCAUCUUCUCAUUCGUCAUGAUGCCUUCUUCGCCGACUUCGACCAGGACGUGGUUUUGGCGCAAGGGUUGGUUCGACGAACGCGAGGAGACGAUCAUCGUCAACCGCAUCAUCCGCGACGACCCUUCAAAAGGCAGCAUGCACAACCGGCAAGGCCUGAGCCCCAAGGCGCUGUGGCAUUCGCUCAAGGACUACGACCUUUGGCCUCUCUACCUCAUCGCCUUCACCUUCAGCAUGCCCUCGUACCCGGUCGCCGGCUACCUGACGAUCAACCUGCGGCAGCUGGGUUUCGACACCUUCACCGUCAACCUCCUUUCGAUGCCGGCCGCGGCGAUUGCCUCGGUCACGCUCGUGACCAUCACGCUGCUCUCGGAACGCUUUAAUACGCGCUCUUGGAUCGGCAUCGUCCAGAACGUCUGGUAUCUCCCGGGCUUUGUCGCCCUCUACACCCUGUCGCCGACGGCGAACAAAUGGAACUACUGGGCAGUGGUGACUUACAUCAUCGGCGCACCCUGGGCCCAUGCCGUCCAGGUCUCGUGGAUCUCGAGGCAGUCGGGAAGCGUCCAGACCCGCACCGUCGCGUCCGCGCUCUACAACAUGUUUGUCCAGCUCUCGGCCAUCGCCGGUGCCAAUGUCUAUCAGCAGGACGACAAGCCGUUGUACCGCAAGGGUAACCUGGCAAUGAUUGUCGUCAUCUCCUUCAAUAUCUGCCUCUACGUUGCCGCAAACUGGUACUAUAAGAGGCGCAACGCAGCGAGGGACAGGAAAUGGAGUGCCAUGACCAGGGUACGCACAUGA